AAGAAUUACCUUUUUUAUAUCAAGGCUUAUGAAGACAAAUAUCUAAAUUUCAUAAAAUGAAUAUCAUUCGAUUUUUAAUCAUCGUAAUACUGUAUAGUAUUAUCCCAUAUUGUGAUGUGCAUAAAAUUUUAGUGAUCACACAUCUACCUAUAAAAAGUCACGCUAUUUUAAGCCAUGCACUAGUCAAGUUACUCCUAGAAGCAGGUCAUGAGAUCACCCACAUUGCUAUGUUCCCAUUCAAUUAUUCGCAUCCGAAUCUUCAUGUAAUCGACGCCAGCUGGAACGAAAAAUAUAUUAGAGGUAACGAAUUGGAGUUUUACUCACAAGUUUCGUCAAAAAUAUUUACAGCAACACUUCAACAUAAAGAUGUUGACAAUCUCUUUAGAGAUACUACCAAAAGAUUUGACUUGAUCAUAGCCGAGUGGAUGUUCAACGAUAUUUGUAUUGGAGUAGCAGCGCUUUAUGACUGUCCGUUGAUUUGGUUUUCUGCAUCAGAAUGUCAUUGGUCUAUGCUUCAGAUGAUUGAAGAAUCUACCAACACAUAUAAAAUGGGAAGUACAUCAAAAAGUAUUGAGUCAUUUGAAACAGCUACAUUGACUAAAGAAGCGUAUCUACGAAGUCUGGAUAAAGAAUCUUUUAACAAAAUAUUCGAGCCAUUAAUGGCUUUAAGGGGUAAAACACUCCGUCCAUACGUCGAGUCGAUGCACUAUUCUUCUUUGGUGUUGGUCUACUCUCGUGUUCUCUUCGGCGAUGCUACCAGAUGGCCGGAUAACUUUAAACCAGUUGCAGGCUACCAUAUUAAUCAAGAGAUUAAACCGUUACCGAAGGAUUUAAAAAGCAUAAUGGAUAACGCAAAGCACGGAGUCAUAUAUUUCAGUUUAGGGUCACAUUUGAAAAGUAUAGAUCUUCCAGACGAAUUUAAACAAGAAUUCAUUCACAUGUUACAAAAAUUAAAACAAACUGUCCUUUGGAAAUAUGAAACGGAAUAUCCAGAAUUACCUAAUAAUAUUCAUAUUAUGAAAUGGGCACCACAACAAAGUAUUUUAGCACAUCCAAACUGCGUUCUUUUUAUUACUCAAGGAGGUAUACUUUCUUUGACUGAGGCAAUAUACUAUAGCGUUCCAAUAAUUGGAAUACCAAUCUUUGCUGACCAGUUUACAAAUAUCGAAAGAGCUGUUAAGGAAGGAUAUGGAAAGCAAGUGGAUAUGUCUAGCGAAAUGACUGUAAAAUCAAUAAAAGUUACGAUCGACGAAAUGCUACAUAAUCCAAGCUACCGCACGAAAGUAAGGCAGUUAUCAUCGAUUUAUUAUAACCGUACAGUACCACCAAGUGUUGAAAUAUUGCACUGGGUAAAUCAAGCAAUUCGUACAGGCGUCCCUCGUCGAUAUGAAACGUUUACGUUCCGUCGAUUUUACAAAAAUUUAUAUCUAUUUUUAUACCAAUACCUUUUUUUAAUGAUUUUUAUAACGUUUAUUAUAAUGUGGUUAUUGGGUUUGUUAUUUUUUUUAAUGGCGUCAUUGUGUACGACGGAAAAAAUCUUAGUUUUGUCUCCUGUUGCGAUCAAAAGUCAUGAUAUAUUAAACCAUGCUUUAGUAAAUGUACUAUUAGAAGGAGGUUAUGAGGUAACUCAUAUUACGGUAACGCCACGCAAAAAACUUCAUCCUAACCUUCGACAAAUCGACGUGAGUUCUAACACGAAAGUGGCUAAUAGAAUAAACUAUAAAAGUGCUAUAAACUCUCCUAAUGGUAUUGAAAACGAUAGGCAUUUCAUACAUUUUGUGACGAAAAUGUUUACCAAAGUUUUGCAACAUAGUGAGACGAAUAAACUACUAACAGACACCACAGAACGUUUCGAUUUAAUUAUAUCUGAAUGGCUAUUCAAUGACAUGUAUACUGGAUUGGCAGCAUUAUACGAUUGCCCGUUGAUUUGGUUUUUUACAACGGAGCCACAUUGGAUGCUGCUGCGGACCAUUGACAAGGACUCAGCUACGCCUAAUUUAGUCAAGGAUAUUUAUGAAAGAGGUGCGUUCAAAAAAGUAUUCGGGCCACUUAUGGCACAGAGGGGUAAAGCUUUCCGAUCCUACGAAGAUAUGAUGUCCAUCGCAUCAUUGGUAUUGAUGAAUUCACAUCAAGGAUUGAGCAAAGCACAGGUUUGGCCGGAGAAAUUCAUACCCGUCGCUGGAUACCACAUCGAUGAAGAUAUUAAACCAUUACCUAAUGAUUUAAAAGUUAUUAUGGAUAACGCGAAAUUUGGCGUUAUCUACUUUAGUCUGGGAUCAUAUUUGGAUGGGAAUGAUAUACCAGAAGAAGAAAUGGAUGACUUGAUUGAUAUGUUUGGUGAACUGAAGCAAACAGUUAUUUGGAACCUUGAUCUCACCUUUGUACGAUUACCGAGUAAUAUUCACGUUGUCAAUUGGGCACCGCAACAAAGUAUUUUAGCUCAUCCCAACUGCAUUCUGUUUAUAACACACGGAGGUGUAAUUUCUAAGAUCGAAGCAGUUCACUUUGGUGUACCGACUAUAGGAAUUCCAGUCUACGGCGACCAAUUCGCUAACGUUGAAAGUUCUGUGAUAAAAGGAAUUUCAAUAAAAGUUGAUAUUUCUGAAUAUUUGGCGAGAAAUAUAAAGAAUGCCAUCGUUGAAAUGUUAAGCGUUCCAAGCUAUCGUCAAAACGUUCGGAAGGUGUCAAGUACGUUCCACAACCGGACAAUGUCACCUAAAGAGGAAUUGUUGCACUGGGUCAAUCAGACUAUACGAUCUGGAGUUCCCGAAGUACUUAAACCAGGACAAGCCGCCGUGUUUAAGGAAAUAUUCGUAUCUAUUCUUGUGAUUAUGCUAAUUUUAUCAACAAUCUUCGGAAAGCAGAUUUUAGAAGGCUCCCAAAAAUAUAAAAUACUCUAAAAGUUUACUGGAAAAUGAAGAGUUUUUUUCGAUUAUACUUAGGUCGUUAAUACAGGCCUAUGAUUGUGUAAUUAAUAACAUAGCGUAAAUGGUUUAUGAAAUAUCUUAAUUUGAAUUUAAUUACAAAGUAUAAAAAAUU